AUGUUGAGCUACGGAACUGCGGCCACUGACACCUCUAUCAAGGCAGACGCGUACGUGUGGUACGCCAGGGCGCUGCCUGCUCUUCGCGCCGUGCUUGCGAGAGGCAAGCCCCCGGUCAUGGACGGGGCAGUCUGCGCAGCAGUUAUGCUGAUGCAUUUCGAGACCUGGGCAAAGUCGUCUGACAAGGCCUGGGUCCCGCACGUCAAGGGCGUGUGCACGAUGCUUGAAGCUGCAGGGCCACACUCCUGUCGCGUUGGGUUCUUGCACAACGUCUUCUGCCACAUCCGGCUUCAAGCAUGUGUCGAAGCAAUGUCAGAAAACAUUUUGCACCCCUUUGCGUCGCCGGAAUGGAUGACCACGCCCUUUGAGCUGGUUCCAAAGACGUUCUUUGACGAGCUCGUGGAUCUUCUCUUUCUAGUACAAAAGUUUCUAGCUCGUGCAGACCAGCUCAUGCGAAACGGCGUCAAUGACUGCACGAUGGACAAAGCAUUGCAUAGUUGGAUUCAUGGAGCCAUGUCUCUGCAACAUGCAUGGCUGCAAAGGUAUAUGUCGACCAUCCAGAUUUCAGAACGGCGUCUUCCCGUGAUGCCCCAAUCAACCACUUCCUUGUCGACCUGUCCGGAACACCUCGACAUAACCUACACCACUGUCUCAGCGGCCGCCUUGAUCUCGCUAUACCACACGGUCAACCUCCUGCUCUUGCGCCUCCUUCAGCCGCAACAAGAGUACAUCGUGCGUAUCCAACGGCACACAGAGGCCAUCCUUUCCGCCAACGACUUUGUGCUCAGCGCCCCCGGUCCUUCUGCCGAGUUUGGUCCUGUCAUGAUGCUACUCCAACUCAAAGUGGCAAGUCUUUGGGGCGCACCGUCGGCAGAACGAAUUGCAGCGGAGAGCGCUUUGCAGAGGCACCGGAUGCGGUACGGAGGGUUGAUGAGUGUCUUUGAUACAGAAGGCGGCUACUUUGCCGAUUUGGCAGCUUGGGUGCUAUCCAAUGCAACGGCAUCCUCCUGUGCUACUUGA